ACACCCCGUAUUCCCGGAGCAUCGCUGGUGCGUCCCUCCCCUAGCAUCCCGGUCCCCCCUCGCGGAGCAUCCCCGGUUCCCCGGAGCAUCCCCAGUGCCUCCCUCCCCCAGCAUCCCCGGUGCUUCCUUUCCCGGAGCAUUCCCGGUGCCUCCCUCUCGAAGCAUCCCCUAUUCCCGGAGCAUCCCUGGUGCGUCCCUCCUCCAGCAUCCCGGUCUCCCCCUCCCGGAGCAUCCCCAGUUCCCCGGAGCAUCCCCAGUCUCCCCCUCCCUGAGCAUCCCCAGUUCCCCGGAGCAUCUCCGGUCCCCCCCUCCCGAGGCAUCCCCGGUUCCCCGGAGCAUUCCCGGUUCACCCCUCCCGGAGCAUCCCCUACCCCCGGAGCACCCCCGGUGCCGCCCCCGCCCCGCCCCGCCGCGGGCCCCGCGCUGCCGCCGCCGCCGCCGGUGCCGCGGGCCGGGCCGCCAUGGCCAAGCAGUACGACGUGCUGUUCCGGCUGCUGCUGCUCGGGGACUCGGGCGUGGGCAAGACCUGCCUGCUCUGCCGCUUCACCGACAACCAGUUCCACCCCGCCCACAUCUCCACCAUCGGUGUUGACUUCAAGAUGAAGACCAUCGAAGUGGACGGCAUUAAAGUGCGGAUACAGAUCUGGGACACAGCCGGGCAGGAGCGGUACCAAACCAUCACCAAGCAGUACUACCGGCGGGCACAGGGCAUCUUCCUGGUGUACGACAUUGGCAGUGAGCGCUCCUACCAGCACAUCGUGAAAUGGGCCAGCGACGUGGAUGAGUACGCGCCUGACGGUGUCCAGAAGAUCCUCAUCGGGAACAAGGCGGACGAGGAGCACAAGAGGCAAGUGCCCAAAGAACAAGGGCUGCAGCUGGCCAGGGAGUACGGGAUGGAUUUCUACGAGACCAGUGCCUGCAGCAACCUCAACAUCAAAGAGUCCUUCACGCGGCUGACGGAGCUGGUGCUGCAGGCGCAUCGCAAGGAGCUGGAGGGGCUGCGGGCCCCCCCCCGCACCCCCACCCUGGCCCGGCUGGAGGAGGAGGAGCAGCAGCCUCCCAGAAACGAGGACACCCCCAAAACCUGCUGGUGUUGAAGCCUGGGCCCCCCCUGCCCCCCCUCCCCUGGGCUGUGCUGGGGGUGCUCGGCAGGAUGGGGGGACAGGGGGUGCUUGGGGGGGGACCUGGGACCCCCUGGGGACGGUGGGCGUUGGGUGGGCAUCAUGGGUUGCCCCUCAUCCCAGAACCCUGCGGUGGGUGGGAGCUCCUGGGUGCCAUGUGCCCACCCCGUGCCCAUGGGAUCCCCCCGGUUUCACAGACACUCUUGGUUUGCAGAAUAAAGGUGAUGCUGGAGGUGUUCGGGGGCUCGUGGGGGGUUGUGGGUGCGGGGCUGGGCCGGUGGCACGGGGCCACGGUAGCCAAGUCCCACCAGAGCCCCUGGCAGCGCUGCAACCCGAGCGGGCAUCAAUAAUUGAGGCUGCUCUGGGGCCACUGGGAUGGUGUCCCCUUUCCCGGCUGCGGGAUGGGAGCAUGUGGGGCGUGUUAAGAAAAACAGGGCAGUUUGAGCGGCAGUUUGAGCGGCAGUUUGAGCGGGGAGGGUGAAAAGGGGGGCUGGAGGCCGGCUGGAAGGGACCGAGGACCAUCCGGCAUAAAAUUAUAGCAUCAUAGAAUAGUUUGGGUUGAAGGGACCUUAAAGAUCACCUAGCUCCAACCCCCCCGCCAUGGGCAGGGACAUUCCACUGGAUCAGGCUGCCCAAGGCCUCAUCCAACCUGGCCUUGAACACCUCCAGGGAUGGGGCAUCCACAACUUCCCUGGGCAACCUGCGCCAGUGCCUCACCACUCUCAUAGUGAAUAAAUUCUUCCUGAUGUCCAGUCUAAAUCUGCCCCUCUCCAGUUUAUACCCGUUCCCCCUGGUCCUAUCCCUACAAACCCUUAUGAAUAGUCCCUCUCAAAAUUAAAGCUGCUCCAGGUGCUGCACCAGCCAGGAUGGAUGCAGCCACCCAGACGGAGCCUCGGUGGGCACAUGCAGCCACCCAGACACUGGGCAGCAGGGAGCACCCCUCUCCCACACUGAAUCCCACCACCGGUACCAACUUCACUUGUGGAAGCUGUGCUCACGUGGGGAAACUCCUCCGGUUAGUGGCAGAGCUACAGGAGGAAGGAACUGGACUGAGGACUAUGAGGGAGUGUGAGAGGGAAAUAGACCAGUGGAGCUGUGCCCUCGCACAAGCUAAGCAGGCUGCCAGAGACAGCACAGUUGUGAACUACCCAUCCAACAGCUGUAAGACGGAGGAGAAAAAAGGUGGGGAAUGGGAGCAAGUUCCUGCCCGGAGCAGAAAGCCUGUUGUCCCCAUUCACACAACAAAUCCCCAGGUUCCCUUGCAGAAUAAAUAUGAAGCACUGCAAGUGGAAUCAAUCCCUGCAGAUGAAGAGGAUGGCUCCCACAGCCUAGAAACAUUCCCUAGGCUGUGCCAUCCUCAAAAGAACAUCAAAACAACAUCCGAAAAAAGAAAAGAAGAGUGAUUGUCUUGGGGGAUUCCCUUCUGAAGGGAACAGAGGGCCCUAUCUGCAGACCAGACCCACUGCACAGGGAGGUCUGCUGCCUGCCUGGGGCCUCAGGGAAAGACAUCACUAGAAAACUUCCUUCCCUGGUGACACCCACAGUUUAUUACCCUCUGCUAGUGUUUCAAAUAGGCAACAGUGACAUAGAGAGGAGGAAGCUGAGGGCAAUUAAGAGGGACUUCAGGGCUCUGGGGAAAAUGGUGAAGGGCUCCGGGGCACAAGUAGUGUUUACCUCCAUUCCAACAAUAAGGAAUGAAGAGAGGAGAGAUCAAGAAAAAUCAGUCAAUUAAUACCUGGCUCCAAACCUGGUGUGAGGAGCAAAACUUUGGAUUUUUUGAUCAUGGACUGGCCCAUGCACCUCCAGGCUUCCUUACCAGGGAUGGGGCAUGCUUGUCUCCUAGGGGUACAAAAAUCCUCACCAAAAAUCUAGCAGGGCUCAUAAAUAGAGCUUUAAACUAGAUGUGAAGGGGGAGGGGGAUGAAGCAAGGCUAGUCGGGAGUGAGCCUGGAAAUGGCACUCCGGUGCCUGAGAGAUGCUGUACUGGUGAGGACCUCCAGUACAUCAAUACAGAACAAGUGGGGGCAAGUACAUCUGGUGAGGAAAGAAUGUAACUGGCACUGAUGGGUUAGAUAAUCCAAGUACCAGUCGCUUGGGAAUGAACACUGUUCCCUUUAUGAGAGCUGAGGGGUUAGCAGCCCAGCUGAAGUGCAUUUACACCAAUGCACGCAGCGUGGGCAAUACGCAGAAGGAGUUGGAAGCUGUUGUAGGGCAAAGUGACUAUGACAUAGUUGCCACCACAGAAACAUGAUGGGACGACUCAUAUAACUGGAGUGCUGCUAUGGUGGUAUAUAAACUCUUCAGGUGGGACAGGAAGGGUAGGAGAGGUGGUGGGGUAGCCCUCUAUGUUAGAGAGUGCUUUGAUACCCUCAACCUCAUGGAGAGGAAAAAUCUGGAGGGCUAAAGCCCAGCUAGAGCUCAGAUUGGCCAAGUCAGUGAAAGAUAACAAAAAAUCUUUCUAUAAAUACAUUAACAAUAAAAGGAGGACUAGGGAGAAUAUUCAGUCCUUAUUGGAUGCAAAGGGAACAACUGUGACAAAGGACAAGGACAAGGCUGAGGUACUUAAUGCCUUCUUUGCCUCAGUCUUGGAGAGUAAGGAAAGUUGUUCCCUGUAUGUACAUACCCAGGAGUUAGAGGAGCAGAACAAAGCUCCCAUCUUCCAAGAGGAGGUGGUUGGAAACUUACUUGCCCAAUUAGACACUCACAAGUCUAUGGGGCUGGAUGGGAGCUGGCGGACGUGCUUGCCAAACCCCUUUCCAUCAUCUUCCAGCAGUUCUGUCUGACUGGGGAAGUUCCACUUGACUGGAGGCUGGCUAUUAUACCCGUCUUCAAGAAGGGUCGGAGGGAGGAAACUACAGGCCUGUCAGUCUGACCUCAGUGCUGGGGAAAGUCAUGGAACAGGUGAUCUUGAGUGCUUGAACCGGGUGAUCAGGCCCAGUCAACACGGGUUCACGAAAAGCAGAUCUUGCCAAACUAAUCUGUUCAAAUAACAAAGUGACUCACCACUGGACGAGGGAAAGGCUGUGGAUGUAGUCUUCUUGGACUUCAGUAAAGCCUUUGACACAGUUUCUUGCAGCAUUCUGCUUCAGAAACUGUCAGCCUCUGGCCUGGACAGGCGCACACUCUCCUGGGUGAAAAACCCAUUGGAUGGCCGGGCCCAAAGAGUGUUGGUAAAUGGAGUUAACUCCAGCUGGAGGCUGGUCACAAGUGGUGUCCCCCAGAGCUCAGUGCUGGGUCCAGUCCUGUCUUUAUUAAUGACCUGGAUGAGGGGAUCGAAUGCACCCUAAGGAAGUUUGCAGACAACGCUAAGCUGGGUGGAAGUGCCGAUCUGCUGGAGGGUAGGAAGUCUCUGCAAAGGGAUCUGAACAGGGUGGACAGCUGUGCUGAGACCAAUGGCAUGAGGUUUAACAAGGCCAGAUGCCGGGUCCUGCACUUGGGGCAUAACAACCCUGUGCAGAUGCAGACUAGGGGAAGAGUGGCUAGAAAGCUGUCUGGAGGAGAAGGACCUGGGAGUGUUGAUUGACAGCCGUCUGAACAUGAGCCAGCAGUGUGCCCAGGUGGCCAAGAAGGCCAACGGCAUCUUGGCUUGUAUCAGAAAUGGUGUGACCAGCAGGUCCAGGGAAGUUAUUCUCCCUCUGUACUCGGCACUGGUGAGACUGCACCUCAAACCCUGUGUUCAGUUCUGGGCCUUUUGCUACAAGAAGAAUGUUGAGGCUCUGGAGCGUGUCCAGAGAAGAGCAAUGAAGCUGGUGAAGGGCCUGGAGAACAAGUCUUAUGAGGAGCAGCUGAGGGAACUGGGGUUGUUUGGCCUUGAGAAGAGGAGGCUGAGGGGAGACCUUAUUGCUCUCUACAACUACCUGAAAGGAGGUUGUGGAGAGGAGGGAGCUGGCCUCUUCUCCCAAGUGUCAGGGGACAGGACAAGGGGGAACGGCCUCAAGCUGCACCAGGGGAGGUUCAGGCUGGACAUCAGGAAAAAAUUUUUCAC